UCCAGCUAAUUCUCCAUCUUUCACCACCAAAAUCCACAACCAAAAUCUUCUCAAUUUUAAUUUUAUGUUUUCCAUAUUUAAUAAAAAUUUGAUUUUUUUAUUAAUUUUUAAUUAAAUUUGGUUAUUGCAGUUACGACGUUGUUUUCUCGUCCCUUCCCCAAAUAAAAAGUCUGGCAUCAUCAUCAAUUCUUAUAAAUUGUGUCCCUUUUCAUGUUUCUGUUGCGAUCCGAAAAGGCUCUGGUUUCAUAAGUGCGCGUAGUCUUUGUCUUUGUCUUUGUCCUUGUCGUACUACUACUAAUAAUAAUACUAAUUUUCUCAAUCAUCUUCAUCUUCUUCCUCGUUGUUUUGCUACUCUUACUUCUCAAUCAUUAUUCAUGUCGAACAAUAACAUUUUGGUCACCGGCGGUGCCGGUUACAUCGGAAGCCACACCGUUUUGCAACUCCUCCUCGGUGGAUUCAAAACCGUCGUCGUUGAUAACCUCGACAACUCCUCUCAAAUUUCUAUUGAGAGAGUCCGAGAACUCGCCGGUGAUUUUGGCAAAAACCUUUCCUUUCAUAAGGUGGACCUCCGCGACAAACCAGCGCUUGAAAAGCUCUUCUCUUCAACAUCAUUUGAUGCUGUCAUACACUUUGCUGGGCUUAAAGCUGUUGGUGAAAGUGUGCAGAAACCAUUGCAUUACUAUAAUAAUAACUUAAUUGGGACUAUUACACUGUUGGAAGUCAUGGCUGCCCAUGGGUGCAAAAAGCUUGUGUUCUCAUCAUCAGCUACUGUAUAUGGUUGGCCAAAGGAGGUUCCAUGUACAGAAGAGUUCCCACUUUCUGCUGCAAAUCCCUACGGACGAACUAAGCUUGUCAUUGAAGAAAUAUGCCGUGACAUUUAUCAUUCAGACUCCGAGUGGAAAAUUAUACUGCUAAGAUACUUCAAUCCUGUUGGGGCACAUCCUAGUGGACGUAUUGGUGAGGAUCCCCGUGGAAUUCCAAACAACCUCAUGCCCUUUGUGCAGCAAGUUGCUGUUGGCAGGCGUCCAGCCCUGACAGUUUUUGGAACUGACUAUUCUACUAAAGAUGGAACUGGGGUACGUGACUACAUUCAUGUUGUUGACUUAGCAGAUGGACACAUUGCUGCAUUAUGCAAGCUAGAUGCUGCUAAAAUAGGUUGUGAGGUAUACAACCUGGGGACUGGAAAGGGGACAUCAGUGUUGGAGAUGGUUGCAGCAUUUGAAAAGGCAUCUGGAAAGAAAAUCCCUCUUGUGAUGGCUGGACGGCGACCUGGUGAUGCUGAAAUUGUUUAUGCAUCAACAGAGAAGGCGGAAAAGGAAUUGAAUUGGAAGGCGAAAUAUGGGAUCGAAGAGAUGUGUCGGGAUCAAUGGAAAUGGGCUAGCAAGAACCCUUAUGGCUAUGGAUCUCCCGACUCUGACAACUGAAAAGUCAUCCUAACUUAUGAUGCUUUCAAGAUUCGGUUUCUGUAAUCAUCUGUCACCCGUGGUGUCAAGCUUUUGAAGCCUUGAAAGAUCAGAUUAUUCAUAAAAACAAAAACAAAAAAAAAAAUAAAAAGAAGAAAAAAGGAAGAAAAAAAAAAUAUAUGAAAUACUGACAAACAAACUUUGUUUGGCAAGACAGAAAAAAGCUGAUAAUCGUUGUGGUGUUAUCUUCAUAGAUUACUAGGCCAGUUAGUCAUAUAUAUUUAUUCCCUCCAUAAUGGUUAAAUUAUUAGUAUAUAUACUUCCAUUGUCUAUCUGGGACGUAGUUGUCCCUCUAAACUUUUUCUUUUUCAUUCAGGUAUGAGUUUAUAUAGAAAUCCUAGUAAUGGAUGGUUCAGAUUUAUACAUUGUGAGAUGGGGUCCCACAGAAUGCAUCUUUUACUUGAUGUGACCCAAAAUCUGGUUGAAUCCCAUACAUUCUGAAAGUCGUUCAAUCUAA